AUGUCGGAUGUGUCGAACUCCUUCUCAGCUUGGGCGACCAUGCUAGAGGAUGAUCCUCCGCUGUGCAUCGCAGUUCGACGUCCAAAGUCACCUCCACCCCACUAUGAGGCGGUAAAUCACCGUGGAGGUCGACUACGUUUUGGCAAGGAACACCCAUUUAUCGGAUAUCCGAUUCUGUCGGAUUCUAGGGCUGUGUACGACCUCGAAUUCAGCUCCGAGUAA